CCAGAAUGGCUGUCCCCAAGCCAGAAGAACUGAAGAAACUCCGGGAAUCUUUCCAGGCCAAGAAACAAGCGUGUUUCAUAUUGGGUGCCUCGGGUGAAACUGGGAAGGAACUGCUGGCUGAAAUCUUGAGGCAGAAAAUAUUCUCCACGGUGACGCUCAUUGGCCGGCGAAAGCUGGAUUUGGAAGAGCCACUGUACAGCAGUGUGAAGCAAGAAGUUGUUGACUUUGAGAAACUGGACGAGUUUGCCGCUGCUUUCCAAGGCCACGAGGUUGGAUUCUGCUGCAUGGGCACGACCAGAAGCAAAGCUGGAGCGGCUGGCUUUGUGCGGGUCGACCGGGAUUAUGUUCUGCACUCUGCAGAAUUAGCCAAAGCUGGUGGGUGCCGCCACUUUGUCCUACAGUCAACAAAGGGUGCAGAUGCCUCCAGCUCUUUCCUUUACCUUCGAGUUAAGGGCGAAGUGGAGUCCAGGAUCAAAACAGUUGGAUUUGACCGCUACUCCAUAUUUAGACCAGCAGUGCUGCUGUGUGAUCGUCAGGAGUCUCGUCCUGCCGAGUGGGUAACCAGAAAAGUCCUUGGAGCAGUCGCUUAUGUCUGCCCCACAUUGUACUCCAUCCCUACGGUGACUGUGGGUCGAGCAAUGGUGAACAAUGUAGUGAUGCCUGGACGUGAUAACCAGAAGGUGGAAAUUCUGGAGAAUGCAGACAUACAUGCUCUGGGAAAUAUUAAAUAGUUGGGAGGCUUGUUCCUGAAUGAUAUAUCUUGUGGAAGGCACCCCUAUCAAUCCCAAUGACCCAUUCUGGCUUAUCUUUCUUCUUCCCCAGAGGCUACCCCUCAAAUAGUGAGGUAUUCCUUAUUUCCUGGAAACCAUUCUUCCGUAUUUCCAUGGUAACCCAGAAAGCCACCAUAUUUAUUAUGGCUGCCAUUUUGAAUAACAUGGGGGAUUUUCCUAAGUUAAUUUGAGUGGUUUGUGGGGAUUAUAAAAAGUUGCCAAACAGGUCUUGGGGGUGGGAGAUAUGCCAUUUUUGGGGUUACGGUUCUUUGGUGUGACCCACUACAGAUCUGUAGUUUUGUAUGAAUUUUCUGUUCCCAUCAUGCACUGGGUAAAAGAAGACACCUAAGUGCCCAUUUCUUGAAGGUCAGCUAUGUGCUUUCCUGCUGUUCAGGACUAAGCCCAGCUCUCCUCACAGCUAGAAUGUGUGUAUUUGGGAAAAGUUAAUAGACACAUAAGCAGGUGGUGAAGACCUUUUCUGUGAUCAGGCUUAAAUACUGAAAACGGAGUCUGUCUGGCAGAAAAGUGCCUAGAAGAAGGAUGAGAAAGGCUGACCCCACUCGCCUUGCGUGCUUUAAAGUGUGUUAUCUGCACCUCUUUAGAUGUCAUCCAGGAAGAAACAUGUUUAAAAAUACUCUUCUGUUGCAGUGAUAUAUAGUUGGUAUCUAAGACAUUGAGGAGGCCUGGCUGUGAGCAUUGCAUGAUUGGAGCUCCCAGGAUCUUUUCUUCUUUUCUUGGGGGGGGGGGGGUGAGUCAAAUCAAAACCUCAAGGGGAGGUGGAGUUAAACCUCAGUACCAUUUUUUCAAUCUGAAAAAGGCCCUAGGAAGUCACUGUUCACCUACUGUGGAAGCAUAGGUGCUGAUAAUGGGUGGAAUUCUAGCAGGAGCUCCUUUGCAUAUUAGGCCACACCUCCCUGAUGUAGCCAAUCCUCGAAGAGUUUAAAGGGCUCUUUUUUUGUAAGCUCUUGGAGGAUUGGCUACAUCAGGGGUGUGUGGCCUAAUAUGCAAAGGAGCUCCUGCUAGAAUUCCACCCCUGCCCAAGAGGGACAAAUAGUGGCUCCCUUUUUAUCAGGAAAAUGGGAUUGUGGGAUGGGUUAACAACUACACACCUCACACCGUAGUCCCAAUCCAAAUUGGCUCCAUGCUCCCACCACUUAUAGAAGGAGAAGUACUGCGAGUUCUGUUCACAAACCUCUGUGCAUCACACCUGAGACUCUGCCCCAGUAGGUGUUUCUUCUGGGAUGCAGAAACUGUUAUCUUUAAAGUUUUGGAUUGUCCAGAUCUGAUUAAUCAUUUCAUACUGAGCUUGUAGAAUGUUGACCUGUCUCCUCUUAUACCAAAGGCAUAGCUUUAAGAUUAAUGUACGCUGAUGCCAAAGGGACGUAAUUAACAAAUGAUGCUUUUUUUCAAAAUCUUUCAUUUGUUUAUAAGGACAUAAAGUUUUAAUAUAAAAUCUCUAUAUGUUUCUGAUAACGCGAAUGUAGCUUCAUUACCAGGUUUAGUACUAUUGUAUGUUCAGAGGAAGACUUCUCUUACAAAUAGGGUAAUCAGAGAAGAAUUUUGUUACAGUGCUGAAUGUAACUGUUAUCACUGCUCCAAAAUAUUCUUCUAUGCACUGAUGCUAUAUGAGAGGCAUUAUAGAGGGCCAUUUCAUACCUGAGUUUAUCCCUAUACAUGUACACUGGUGUCAGAUAGGGGGAAAGCUCAUACUGUGGUAUACACAGCAGGACUAGGAUCAGAAACCAGAAUCGCUGGGUGCCUACUGAGGUCUGUGCUCCAAUAGGAGCUUGCAAGACCUUUCACCCGUCCCUCCUUCUCCUUUGUGCUGAAACUGCUGAUUGGUCUGCUCACUAAGUGAGAGAGCAUUGAGUAGAACAAAGACAAGAUGAAGAUUUUACUUUUCUCCUCCCUCUGGGCCAUACUGCAGACUGAGACCAGAGGGACAGAAGAGAUGGGUGGGGCAACAUGAGGUACUUGGGGAAGGGGAUUUAUUUUUUUUCAUGGCCCUGAAAAUCCGGAGCCAACACUUAUGCACCAUCUUCUGUGAUGAUCAUGCAAGCAUCUUCCAUAAUACACUCAGGGAAGAUAAUUUUGGCUAAAUAUUCCAUGUGUGUGUAUAGACACACACACACACAGGGCAAAAAUAGAAACAUGCAAGGCUUUUUUUUUUCCUAGCAGAAACUCCUUUGCAUAUUAGGCCACACACCCCUGAUGUAGCCAGUCCUCCAAGAGCUUACAUUAGGCCCUGUACUAAGAGCCCUGUAAGCUCUUGGGAGGAUUGGUUACAUUGGGGAGGUGUGGCCUAAUAUGUAAAGGAGUUCCUGCUACAAAAUAAGCCCUGGAAACAUGUAUGAUUGUCAUUUAGAAUUAUAUGCAUUCUUGGGGAAAGGUUGUAUGCAAAAUCACCUGCAAAUCAGGAAAUUGUGGGUAAGGGCGUUCUUGCCAUAUGUAAACCUGUGCCUUGUGUGCCAGCACUACCUUAGUUUUGAUACUUGGGCAAAAGGUUUUUGAAGGGAAUUUUUGUGCAGGAAUAAGCUGCUUGAAACGGUUCAAGGGUAAAUAGAAUGGUUGAAAACGAAAUAAAUUCUGCCAGCCUAAUAUUUUUUUCAUGUUUUUAAAAACAGACGUUAAGUUUGAACAUAAUAGAUAUGUGUAUGUUUGCAAAUAACUCAAAAUAUACCCAUCCCACUCCUCUGGCUUAGCCUUUUACUUUAAAAUCAGUGUCUGUACUAUCUUGAGAGUGGCUGGUUUCAGAAGUUCAGGUCAUUUUAUUUAACUGCAUGCUACAAAUUUUGAUAACCAAAGUGAAAAGAGCAACCAUUACAUAACCAUUGAACUGACAGUUCUCAGGAACAACGGAACUUUGCUGACUAGCACUGGGCUUUGAUUCACAAUUCUGCGUUGUUUGUGAAACCGAUUUUGUAAUGCCUUAAUACACUGAAAGCUUCUGAAAUAUCUUAAGUGGUUGUUUCCUAUGGAGCCCAUCGAUUGAAUAAAAAGUCAUUUUAAAUGAUGACUUGUUUUUACUGUGUCGAUAAUAAGUCACACUUCAGUUUGUAGUUGGGUACCACACCGUGAAGCCUCUACUAGAAAAAUAUAUUGACUUCUUGGGGAGGGGGGUUGUUGUGUUUUCACACUGCUUUAAAGUUAACAAGUAAUUAAAAUAUAAUUGGAAUG